AUGGCCACAGACUCUUUCAUCCUUAACACAGGAGCCAGAAUUCCCGCCGUAGGCUUCGGCACAUGGAAGGCCGGUCCAGGCGAAGCAGCAGCCGCAGUGCAGGCAGCUUUCGACGCAGGGUAUAGACACUUUGACUGCGCCCCUCUCUACGGAAACGAAGCAGAAAUAGGCCAGGUCUUCAAGAACACCAAAGUCCCGCGAGAGGGGUAUUUUGUGACCACAAAGCUUUGGUCCUCGGAUCACCGCCGGGUCGAAUUCGCGCUCGACAAGUCGCUGCGCGAUCUCAACCUCAUGCAUUGGCCCGUAACUCUAGAUCCAUCGCCCGGAGACGUGAACUAUGGGAAGGAAGACCGCACCGUCCAUGCAACGGGCUGGGAUUUCCGCGACACCUGGCGCGAGAUGGAGAAACUACUUGACACAGGCAAAGUCAAGACGAUAGGUGUUGCGAAUUUCUCUACGGUUAACCUAAGAAAAUUACUCGAGACCUCAAGGAUCACUCCAGCAGUCAACCAGACAGAGAUCCAGCCCUUGCUUCCCCAGGAAAAGCUCCAUGCUUUCUGUAAAGAAAAGGGAAUCCACCAGACAGCUUUCGGGCCCUUGGGCGGGUCUGUCAGUACACUACACCAACACCCAGUCAUUAACGCCAUUGCGAGAAAGAGGGGCUGCGAGACGGGGAAUGUCAUGCUUAGCUGGGGGAUACAGAAGGGCUGGAGUGUUAUCCCGAAAAGCACGAACCCGGUGCGUAUAAAGAAGAAUCUCAGCCAGAAUUUCGUGCUUGAUGAGCAGGAGAUGAAAGAUAUGGAUGGAUUGGCGAAGCCCAAGGGGAAGAGGUUCAAUCGGCCGAAUUGGGGCACUGUGAUUUUUCACGACGAUGUUGACGUUGAUUUAGAGUAG